AUGAUUACCUUUAUUUGUGCUUCAUUGUUAGUUUCAUUCUUCAAACUUCUGAAUUCUGGUUUGUGCGCGGUGAAUUUUGGUCCAACUAUUUUCCAGCUCCAAGAUGGUUCCUCUCAUCAGGGUACUGUGACAUCGAUGGAGCCAAAUGAAGGCACUUUUGUACUGCAUUCUGAAAUGAGCAAGAAGGGUAAGAUAAAACCUGUUCACGUUGUUGACGUUCCUGGGCAUUCUCGUCUUCGACCCAAACUAGAUGAAUUCUUGCCUCAAGCAGCAGGCAUAGUUUUUGUAGUGGAUGCUUUAGAAUUCCUAGUAAACUGCCGUGCAGCUUCAGAGUAUCUCUAUGAUAUAUUGACCAAGACCAGUGUGGUGAAAAAGAAAAUUCCAGUUCUUAUCAUCUGCAACAAGGUAGAUAAAGUAACUGCACAUACAAAGGAGUUUAUACGCAAACAGCUGGAGAAAGAAAUAGACAAGCUCCGUGUAUCAAGAACUGCCGUUUCAUCAGCAGAUGUUACUAACGAGUACACACUUGGUACGCCUGGUGAAGCCUUUGCAUUCUCUCAGUGCCAGAACAAAGUUACAGUUGCAGAAGCUUCGGCCUUGACUGGUGAGAUAUCUCAGCUGAAGCAGUUCAUCAGGGAGCACGUGAAGGCUUAA